UAGAAAACUAAUGUGUUCUCCAAAUGCAAUAAUGUACAUUCAGUGUUAAAUUCACCAAGUUUUUUACUUUAUCAUAUCAGGGACGUAUAUACGUCCCUGAUCAUGUAGCCUAUUCUUUGAUAUUGGUGAGCGAUAAAAAGAAUCAUGAUUAAUCAUUAAUCAUUAAAAUGUCUUUUUUUAUUGUUGAUAUUCACAUAUAAAUUAAUUAUACAUGAAUUCCAUUUUAUCGGCCAAUCAUAACGUAUUGAUGCUGCAUGGAAACAAUUAUACUGGAAUGUUAAACAUUGCAUGGUCAAUCGAAUGAUUUCUUACUCAAACAUUAUUUGCAAUCCGAUCGCUUGAACUUUUCUACAUGUUUAUUUAAUAUUGCAAUUUUUUUAUUCACAAACAUGAACCGCAAAUAUAUUGAUGUCCACAUAUUUUCUUCAUUGCACGGGAAAAAAGAUUUUGACAUUUCGAAGCUUGUUUUUCUUUUAUAGAAUUUGAUUUAAUGAUACAUGUAAUUCAAAGAGAGAAAAAAUUAAAGCAAACUCCCAGAUUAUGUAUAAUUGUCAUUUAUUGCAACAUAUAAAUGACUAGGUAAUACUACAAUGUAUAAAACAUAAUAUGAAUUAAAUUGGCUUGGCUUAAUUCUCCCCCAAAAAUAUUCAUUCACAAUUAUAAUUGUAAUCCAGGCUUAACGUUUUGUAUAUAUGUCCUUCAUAUUCACAAACGUUUCCCAAUUAAAUUGAAAUAUUUUGUUUCCAUUGACUUGUUCAGGGCGAAUGGAGGUGAAGAGAUGAGACAAUGAACUUGGACAAAGGUGCAAAUAAACGUUUGUUCUUAAGAUUUGUGUUAUAUCGCGACGUAAAUGAAAAGUAUGUACCUUUUGUUUCAGAAAGUCUCUGUGUCCUGAACUGAGACUAACUGGGCUCUUAGUUUUGUAUGCCUGACCCCCAUAUGGUGUGCAGCGUUUGUCACUAUAUAACUCGCUCCAAUAAAGAAUAAUGUGGAAAUACUAGAUAUUCUGCUUCAAUCAGAACAAUAAGAAGUAAUCAGAUCUGAAAGUUAAAUUUACUCUGAAAGAAUUAAGAGAUUUAUCCUACAUACGCAGGUGCUAUAACGGGUUUUGCGGUUGUCGUUUGAGAAUUGAAUCUUGGUCAGGUGGAUAUAAGUUUAUAAACUAGCUUGGACGGUUAGAUAUAACCUUAUAGGAAAAUGCGGAAAAACUUUUCCGCUGCCGAUCUGGAUGAUGCUCGAGAGGACGCGUUACCAUGGACGCCAAUGCUAGCUUUACCUGUUUCUGAGAAGACAAAAAUCAGACAGUCCUUGUCAUCCAGUGAUUUGAAGGCCAUGGGCCAGAUCCAUUCUGUAGAUAUAUACAUGUACUUGUUCAGGUUGAAAUGUAAAACCAGAAAACUGCGUCUGGACACAAGGAGACAAAGUUACGCAGAAUGGAGGGCAGGCAUUGGGAAAUACCAUUCGAAAGAUUCAAUAUGUGAGGUGGAUAAUAACUUCAAAGGUGUUCCGACUGACGAAGAUGUCAGUAGAAUUAACAAUUCUUUAAAAUGGAUUAGAGAAGAGCUGACAAAGAUGAGGGAACAAGACGAGGACCUGGCCCGACAGUUCCUGACCAUCCACAGCGAGAUCCAGAAACUGAAACUAGAGUGGAGCUGGCAGUUCCACGAGCUCACGCUACAGGACGCCGCCAUGGACCUCCAGGAGGUGGACGAGAUCAAACGAAUCUCGGACCUACCGCUGGCCUCAGAGACGGAAACGUCCCUGGUGGAUCUAGGACUCACAAAAUUGAAUCUGUGCCAUAGAAAAUACUCUGUUCUGUAACCCAGUAUCUUAGUAUUUAUCUAAACACUUUAUCAUUAUUAAAUGUGUAGUUUAGCUACAUUUAGUUAAAUUUUGAAAGAUUAAAAACCGUCAAUAACAACUUAUGGGAAAAAAGGUUGUAAUGUAAAAUCUGCAUCAAAUAUGAAUUGAGACUUCAUACUUUUAAAGUAUUUUACUCUAGGAAAACUUUCUAUAUCCCCUUUUUAGAGAAGGAGGUGCCUUUUUAUGAUAGUUGUUGUUAACACACAUACAGUUCAAGGCUUAAGUUUAUUUUUUUAGUAAAGACGUUUCUAUAUAACUGAUACCUUUCCAUUGUCUCGUUAAGCUAUGUCCAUACAUUUAUAGAAAUACAGCUGAAAGUUCCGUGAUUUUUUAAUCGGGUUGUCAGCGAUUUUUGAGAAUUUAAUUUUUGAUCACUUCCCUAGGGCAAAAAGACAAUCCGUCACCGUCUAUCCCUGACCCCCAGGGUUGUCAUUAUGUAGAAGUUCAUUAACAUUUAACCUAACUUUGCAGUCUGCUGUCUUUAAACUUGACCAUGAGACAGCAAAACCGAUCCUACAAUGGUAUUUACUCAAGAACUUAACAUUUAAAUAUUUUGUUUACGGAGCCACUUGGUAUGGGAUUUGCAGGCAUUUGCAUGUUUAUUUUCUUUAUUAAGUGUGUUGUUAUUAACAUGAUCACUGGGUAGUCAAUAUUUGAGAUUGCCUACGUAUACAAUUUUAAACUUGUAAAAUCUGUAAUAUUUUGACAAUGGUUAAUUGUAAUAAAUUUUUGCUUUGAAUUUAAUCUUUUAUCUAAGCUUUAAAACAUUAUUUUCCCUCAAUACACAUGUCCACUUAUAUGAAGAUUUCCUUUCAACACAUUUACAUACCUUUGUAUACACAUUUUCGUUUGAUUAUUUAUAAAGUAAAAUUCAACAUUUACUAGUAUAUAAUAAACGUA